GCGGUAGUGUCUCACAUGGAACACUUUGAGUGGCUCAGUCUGAUGUCCGUGUUUGGUUUACAAGCGAAGCGUAACGUUCAGGGACUCGCCAAAAAACGUCUCCUAGUGCAACUGAAAACUAAUUCUUUUAUUUAUUUAUAAACGUCCAAAAUGCAGUCACUGAAAGCGUUUCUCAUCGAGAGACUGACAGCAGCCGCGGAGGAGAUAUUUGGAGCUGUUGAAAAGACUAUCGCCGAGUACAAAGAGGAGGUUUCCCAUUCAAAAGAUUUAGAAAUCAGCCGUCUCAGGAUGCAGCUUAAGCUUCUCAAGUCAGAGCCAAGGUUGGAUAUGUGCCUCGGAGCCCAGCUGCAGCAGCUCACCCAUCAUCACCACCAUCCUCCUCCUCCUCUUCCUCAGCAGCAGCAUCAGCAUCAGCAUCAGUCAGUCUCUGCAGUUGAGCCUCCUAAGUCCCAGCACUGUGAGGAGGAUGGGGGCAGCAGCAUGGAGCAAGAGGAGCAUCCAGAGCCCUUACAGGUGAAGAAGGAGCCGCAGCAGCUGAAGAGUCACAGGGAUUUCUGGAUGGGUCACAAUGCAGAGCAGCUCGAAAGCGUUGAAUCAGACAUCAAAGACUUCAUCUUGUCUCCUUCCAGCCUUAAAAGCAGCCUGCAGGACCCCACCUUGCCCUUCCACCCCUACCACAACAACCACUGCGAGGAGAGCAAAGACAAAGCCUACUGCUGCUUUUGUGAAAAGCGUUUCAGUAACUGCUCCCACCUCGCAGCUCAUAUCAGGACACACACAGGAGAGAGGCCUUACAUAUGUGAAUUAUGCAGAAAGACUUUCAUCACAACGAGCGCUCUGAACAGACACCAGACAAUCCACACUGAAGGGAAACACUUUGUCUGUAAUUAUUGUAAUAAAUCCUUCAAAUGGAUGGAGUCUCUUGGCAGGCACAUGCGAAGUGUGCAUAAGAGAGAGAAUAUAUGACUCGUUGAAAAUACACUAAUGUCCAAUAGAUUAUUCAUGUUGUUACUGUGUAGUCAUAUUUAUUUUGUAAGAAUACAUUUACCAUAAUGUAUUUAUAAAAAUAUAUGUCUGUGAAUGUAUUUUUACAAUUAAUUUGCACAUCAUUUACUGGCUUACAAGGCUAAAUGAGGUCCAUGCACAACAUAAUUUACAACUAAACAUAGAAAAGACACUACCUUCUUUGUUCUGGUGUUUUAUACUUGUAAAUACUCAUUGUUUGGUAUUGUUUAAAGUAUUCUGCUUUCUGCUGCAGGCACAUAAGAUAAGGGGAAGUUGCACAGUACUCCAGAAGGUGGCAGUAACAGCAUUACAUUUACAAUCUCACUUCAAUCUACAGUAUCUGGCAGUGUUCAGACUCCAGUGUCUAAUGUACUGAGUAUGUACUUUUCUGGGAACUGUACCCUCAGUCAGUAGCCUUCUUACAGUCAAACUAUUCAUUCAGAGAUAACCCCUUAUUCCCAGUGGUGGAAAGUAACUAAGUACAUUUAAAAUGUUGAGGUACUUGUACUUUAUUUGAGUGUUUCCAUUUUCUGCUACUUUAUACUUCUACUCCACUACAUUUAUGUGAAAGCUAUAGUUACUAUUUACUUUACAUAUUCACAUUAUUAACACAAAAUAUAAUCAACAAACAAAUGAUGAUGCAUUGUUAUGUAUUAAGUUACCCUGCCGUUUUUAAAGUAGUUAAAACUAGCUCCACCUUAACCAGCUGCAAUAAUAAAGUGAUGCUUACAAAUGACUUAUAAUUAAAAAAUAUAAUAAAUACAUUAUUCUGCUUUGUUUUCAGGGUCUUGGUGUUGUGCAUGC